AUGCGUGUUCACGUUGGCUUCGCCCUCAUCAUCGCAGGAUGGCUCGCCUCCGUGUUGGUAGUCUUCAUUGGCUGCAUUCCCUUCCACAAGUACUGGCAGAUUAGCCCCAACCCGGGCAAUAGCUGCCAACCCGCCGUGGCUGGCCUUAUCGUCUGGUCUUCUUUCGCCGCGAAUAUCGCAUCUGAUAUCUACCUCAUCGUCAUUCCCCUCCCGCUUCUCUGGGGUUCCAGGCUUCGCCUUGUCAAAAAAAUCGGUUCCACUCUCGUCCUGAGCGCCGGUAUCUUCCUCCUUGUCUUCGCCACCCUGAAGAAUAUCUUCGUCGACGACAUCAACGGCGCCGAACUCGCCGGCACCCGGGGCACCCGCGAGGCCUUCGUAGCUGUCGUCACCACCAACCUCCCCAUGGUCUUCCCCCUCUUCAAGUCCUGGCUCAAGCCCCUCUUCGGCUCCACUUCGCAGCGCACCACCGACAACAAGUACAAGACCCCGGACGGGUUCCGCCCCAUCGGCGGCGGCGGUGGCGACUCCAACUCGCACUCGCAGUUCCGCCGCGGCAACGGCAACAGUUCCAACAUCCUGACCAGCGUCACCUUCACCGAGAGCGAGCAGCGAAUCGUCAACGAAAUCAAGAUGCAGAACAUGAAGACGGAAGUCUCGGGCGGCGGCACAACCCACGUGCACAAGGAGUGCGAAGGGCAGAAGGGCAUCGUCGUGCUGACCGAGUUUGAUGUCAGUGAGGAUGCGAGGAGUGUGCAGCACAGUGAGCCUGGGCCGCCGCCGGCAAAACCGAAGGAGGCCUGGUAA